AUGGGUAAAGAUAAAAACCACCAAAACGACGGACAUACCAAAAUCAGGAACGAUGACCCUAGCUCAAAAACAACACAAAACGCAACACAGAACACCCAAUUCCCGCAAUUCCUUGUGAUGACCUCCACACAGAGUGGUAAAACAACGGCCGCGUUGUCGCCACUUCUGUUGAGGAAGGGCAUCCAGGGAAUCGCAGGGGAUGUGAAAUCCGUUAAGCCAUUGGGAUCGGGCGAUCUCCUUAUAGAGGUUUAUCGCCAACAACAGGCGAUGAACCUACUCGGAACAACCAGUUUUGCCGGCAUCGGUGUCAGUGUGAAACCACACUCAUCACUUAAUUGCAGCAAGGGGGUAAUCAGGUGCCCAGCCUUGCGCAAUGACACCGAUGAAGACAUACUGGCAUAUUUCCAGGAGGAGAGCGUCCCGGUCUCUGAGGUGAGGCGGAUGGUGAUCAGGAGAAACAAUGAUACAAUCAAAACAAACACCUUCAUCAUCACUUUUUCAACGCCAACACUACCCCAAAUACUAACAAUCGGAUACCAGAGGUACAACGUUUCCGUCUACAUCCCAAAUCCAUUGCGAUGCCGAAACUGUCAGAAGUACGGUCAUCACGAAAAGCGAUGUAGACGAAAAUCGAUCUGCCAGUAUUGUGGCCGUGAGGGUCACACCGAGCAAAAUGACUGUGACAUCGCCAACCUGCGCUGUGUCAACUGUGAGGGGAAGCACGCUGCCUCUUCUCUCGACUGCCCUACCUGGAGCCAGGAGAGGGAGAUAUUACGGGUUAAAUAUACCCGAGGUGUCUCUUUCCCCCGAGGCCAGGAGGAUAGUCGGGAGUGCAGACGUUGCUACACCCUCUUACGCACAAGUGACUCGAGGCAAGGAGAAAACCCUCCAAAGGCUGGCCCAUCUAGGGCACAGAUGCGGUCGCAGCGAUCUCGUUCACUCAAAUCUGUUCCUCGGUCCCAAAUGAGGCAAGACGUAACAUCACCUACCAACAGGCCUAGGAAAAUUAGAAUAGCGAGGGGCAAAUCUGAUGGACCUGAUCUGAAUGUCACCUUUGGCAAAGGAUCAGAGGACCAGACAAACCGGUUCAAUGUCCUUCUAGAUUACGAUGAUGAGAUGGAGACGAUUUCCUUAGCGCCUCGUGCUUCGACUUCAUCGAAAUCCAGCCAAAAUAGCAAAAGAUAA